AUGACCACAGCACGCGAUACAUCCGCAUGUCCAGUUCUCACUGGACCCAACAAUUUUCAGAUAAGGAAACUCCGGAUCAUCUCAAAGCUAUGUCGGGAAAAAGUUCUCCGGGUUGUUACUGGAGAGGAGCUUAAGCCCUCACCAGGAAAACCUACCUCCUCGGAGGAUCCUGAGAUCACCUGGAUACUUAAGGAUGAGAAGGCACAUGGAAUCAUCCAGGACCACAUCUCUGAUGCCCUCCUAAUGAGGACUGGAGACCUCACCAGCUCCAAGGAGUUAUUUGAUAAACUUGUCUCACUCCAUCAAACGUCCAACAUUGCCUCGGCCUUUUAUUCAUUCCAGCAACUCACCAAAUUGUCCUGGGAUGGGACAUCACCUAUCCAGGACCACAUUGCAAAAAUCCAGACAAUUGAUUCACACCUCUCCGGAAUGGAACUAGGAGUUGAUACCAAACCAUGGCUUUCACUCUUCUCCAAUCUCUCCCAUGCACUCCUAAAUGGCAAAUAUUUCAUUGAGAUCCGGAUCACUGCAGAAGUUGCACGACAGUCAGGAAAGGCCCCUGGAGGAGAUGUUCCACAAGCAAUGGAACCAUAUCAGCAUGAAGAUGUUCCGAGAGCAGUGGGGCAAUACCUCCAUGGAGACGUUCCAAGAGCAGUGGGAGCACCUGAUCAGCUAAGACACCCUCCACAACAGUCUCUACAACCAAGACCUGAACACUGGCCAUCUUCAGAACGGAAAGCCAAAGUAGAGUUACAGUCAGUGGGAGGACAGCCCCUCAACAUACAGCCAGCUGAUGUGGAAAAAGUCCGAAUACAGCUAGACAGCCUGUCCAUUGGAUCAGCUUCUGGAAGGCAUACAAUACCUCCAAGGAGUCAUCCAACACCUCCGAGGAGUGAUUCAACACCUUCAGGAGUGAGUGGGGCAACAAAUACACAAAUGUGUCUACUCCUUGGAGUACCUGCACAAGUUCCUAAAAGAGCAGUCAUGCCUGCUGAAGCCCUAGGAGUAUGCAGAAGCAGUCGCCAGACCCAUCCUACAGACAAAAACCGAGAUUAUCAAAGGACUCUAGAUGAGGAACAGUCUCGAAAAGAGCAGCAUGACAACUCCAUGGAGAAACCUAACACUCCUGAGGUUCAUGAAGAAACAUCUGAUACAGAGGAGACAUUUUUUGCUGGAAUAGCAAGUACCGGUCCAUCUAACACAGACCUUCCAAGGACACUAAAGGAAGCCUUAUCACGUCCGGAUCCCCCUUACUCACUUUGA